AUGGCUUCAAAACCUACUUCCUUGCUUCUUGCUCCAAUUUUCCUCCUCGGCCUUGUGCUUGCCAUUGCCAUAUUGCAAGCAGUUGCAACACGUGACAUUGGACGAGUGAUGGUGCCACCAGUUCUUGAACCCCAAAAUCCGUUUUGCGGAAGCAUUGGUGACUCAAGCGGUGGAUCCGGCUAUAUUCCAGGUGGAGAUGACACGUUUGUUCCGAACCCUGGUUUUGAGGUGCCAAUUCCCGGCAACGGUGCUAGCAUCGCAGCUGCAGCAACACGCCCACAUCCUUGA